CAGUGAGACCACCUUGCUGCUGCAGCCUGCCAGCACAGAUCAGACACCGGUAAUAGUCAGCGGUGUGGAUUAUGACUAUAAGUAGCCAUAGUUAACACAGUACAAUACAACUACUUCUCUUGGCUUUUACAUCAUUUUUAAAGCUGUACGUCUGUUUUAUUUUUGUGAGUCGAACUGUAGAUAGCGUUAUAGCUAGAAGACAGUCGUAUCGCUGAAGAUGUCAGUGGUGGGAUUUGACUUGGGCUUCCAAAGCUGCUAUGUAGCUGUAGCCCGAGCCGGAGGGAUCGAGACAGUCGCUAAUGAGUACAGCGACAGAUGCACACCGUCAUUUGUAUCAUUUGGACCACGAAAUCGAUCUAUAGGAGCAGCUGCAAAGAGCCAGGUGGUGACCAACUGUCAGAACACGGUGCAGGGCUUUAAGCAGUUCCAUGGCAGGGCAUUUGCAGACCCCUAUGUCCAGUCAGCCAAUUCUAACUUGGUCUAUGACCUGGCACAGUUGCCCUCUGGAUCCACCGGUAUAAAAGUGAUGUACAUGGAGGAGGAGAGAGUGUUCAGCAUCGAGCAGGUCACUGGCAUGCUGCUGACCAAACUGAAGGAGACUGCUGAAAGUGCACUGAAGAAACCAGUUGCAGACUGUGUCAUCUCGGUCCCGAGUUAUUUCACUGACGCAGAUAGAAGGUCUGUCUUGGAUGCAGCUCAGAUCGCCGGCCUCAACUGUCUACGGCUAAUGAAUGAAACCACAGCAGUGACUCUGGCAUAUGGUAUCUACAAGCAGGACCUGCCAGCUCCAGAAGAGAAGCCCAGGAUAGUGGUGUUUGUGGACGUGGGCCACUCAGGUUACCAGGUGUCAGUUUGUGCCUUUAACAAGGGAAAGCUCAAGAUCCUGGCCACAGCGUUUGAUUCUGAGCUCGGCGGAAAGGAUUUUGACGCCAUCCUGGUCAACCAUUUCUGUGAGGAGUUUGGGAAAAAGUACAAGCUGGAUGUCAAGACCAAGCCCCGGGCCCUGGUCCGACUGCACCAAGAGUGCGAGAAGCUCAAGAAGCUAAUGAGUGCCAACUCCUCCGACCUGCCUCUCAACAUUGAGUGCUUCAUGAAUGACAUCGAUGUCUCCAGUAAGCUCAACAGAGGACAGUUUGAGGAGAUGUGUGCGGGGCUGCUGGCCAAAGUAGAGGGUCCCCUGCGCAGCGUCAUGGAACAAGCCAAGCUGAAAAGGGAAGAUAUCUACGCGGUGGAGAUCGUGGGCGGCGCCUCCAGAAUCCCCGCCAUUAAAGAGCGCAUCAGCAAAUUCUUCGGCAAAGAGCUGAGCACCACGCUGAACGCAGACGAGGCCGUGGCCAGAGGCUGUGCUCUGCAGUGUGCUAUCUUGUCACCAGCUUUCAAAGUCAGAGAGUUCUCCAUUACAGAUGUUGUCCCCUAUUCCAUCUCUCUGAAGUGGAAUUCAGCCGCAGAGGAGGGAUUGAGUGAUUGUGAGGUGUUCCCAAAGAACCAUGCAGCCCCGUUCUCCAAAGUUUUGACCUUCUACAGGAAAGAGCCCUUCAACCUUGAAGGCUACUACAACAACCCCAAGGAGCUGCCCUACCCUAACACCGCUAUAGGUCGGUUCCUGAUCCAAAAUGUGGUUCCUCAGGCCUCUGGGGAGUGUGCAAAGGUCAAAGUGAAAGUUCGGGUCAAUGUUCACGGCAUGUUCAGUGUAUCGAGUGCCUCGCUCAUAGAGGUUCUGAAAACAGCUGAGGGGGACGAGCCAAUGGAUACAGAGCAGACGGGGAAGGAGGAGGAGAACAAAAUGCAGGUGGACCAGGAGGAUCAGAAACAACAGACUGGAGACAACGGAGACAAGAAAUCAGAGGCUGAAGAGAUGGAGACAACAGACGACGGCAAGCCGGGGAAGAAGAACGACCAGCCCCCUCAGGCGAAGAAGCCCAAAGUCAAAACGAAGACAGUGGAUCUGCCCAUAGAGAACAGUUUGCACUGGCAGCUGCCCAAUGACGUACUAAAUCUGUUUGUGGAGAAUGAGGGUAAGAUGAUCAUGCAGGAUAAGCUGGAGAAGGAGAGGAAUGACGCAAAGAACAACGUGGAGGAGUACGUGUACGACAUGAGGGAUAAACUGCACGGCCUCCUGGAGAAGUUUGUGAAUGAAGCUGAUCGCGACACAUUCUCAUUAAAACUGGAGGACACAGAGAACUGGCUGUAUGAAGACGGAGAGGACCAACAGAAACAAGUUUACAUUGACAAACUGGCUGAGCUUAAGAAAAUGGGCCAGCCGAUUUGUGAGAGAUACAUGGAAGCCGAGGAGCGACCAAAAGCAUUUGAGGAGCUCGGCAGACAGAUUCAGAUGUACAUGAAAGUCAUUGAAUCUUACAAGGCAAAGGAUGAGCUGUACGAUCACCUGGAUGAGCUGGAGGUGAUGCGGGUGGACAAGCAGGUGAAGGAGGCCAUGGUCUGGCUGAACGGGAAGAUGAACCAGCAGAAUAACCAGGACCUCACUCUGGACCCAGUGAUCAAAGUCACAGAGAUCCAGGCCAAGACUAGGGAGCUGUAUACAGCCUGCAACCAGGUACUGUCCAAACCCAAGCCCAAGGUGGAGCCUCCUAAGGAGGAGAAGACAGAGAAUGGGCCAGUCAACGGGCAGGAGGGAACUAACGGCCAACCAUGCAACUCAGACAAAACCACAUCUACAGGCACGGAACAGGGAACAGCGGAGAACAAGCCCCCUGAAAUGGACAUUGACUAACUGUUGUGACUGUUUCACUUCUGUUUGUCCUGCCCCUGAUUCUGUCCUUCUGAGAUCUGUUUGUGACACAGAAGACACAGACAGCAGCAUCCCUGAUCAACGCUAUUUAUCAGUCAGCCUCCUUGGCAUGUCAUUUUUCCUUUUCUUUAAUGAAUACAAAAAUAUUGCAUAAUAUCAAUACUGACUGGACUACUUUUCAACAUAGAAGUUGUGCGCGUGGGGUGGAAACUGCUUUCUCCGUGUUGCUUUGAUGGCCAUUAUGUUAAAGAUUGUUUUGUUCAGCAGCAUCUCCUGAGCAUAUUUAAGCUAAGAAUGUCCGAAUUAAAGAAUUGUAAGCAAAGUGGCUAAGCAAAAAAAAAAUAGUAAUACACACAGGACUCAUGAAAAUGUAAAAUAUUGCGGUAUAUCUUUUACGGCAUAGGUACAGUGGUACAUGUAAACGAACAUGGAUUGUUCCAAGUUGUACAAGACAAAUAGUGCAUUUUUUUUCACCACAAAUAAUUGUAACUGCUGGAUUAUGAUGUAUUUAGUUUUAAAGGAAGAAAGGAGUUUUUGUUGCGUUUACUUGUACUAUAUGUUGAAAUUA